AUGCCCUGCGUUCAGGCUCAGUAUGGGUCAUCACCGCAAGGAGCCAGCCCCGCUUCGCAGAGCUACAGCUACCACACCGCUGGAGAAUACAACUGCGACUUCUUAACACCUGAGUUUGUUAAGUUUAGUAUGGACCUGACCAACACUGAGAUCACAGCUACUACUUCUCUCCCUAGUUUCAGCACAUUCAUUGACAACUAUAGCACCAGCUACGACGUUAAACCGCCCUGUCUAUAUCAAAUGCCCCAUUCUGGAGAGCAGUCCUCCAUCAAAGUCGAGGACAUCCAGAUGCACAACUAUCAUCAGCAGAGCCAUUUGCCACCUCAGUCGGAAGAGAUGAUGGCCCACUCCGGCUCAAUUUACUUCAAACCCUCCUCACCUCACGCCCCUACCACACCAAACUUCCAGGUUCAGCCAAAUCACAUGUGGGAGGACCCUGGGUCCCUCCACAGUUUCCACCAGAACUAUGUGGCAGCGACCUCUCAUAUGAUAGACCAGCGCAAAAACCCGGUGUCAAGGCUGUCACUAUUUUCCUUCAAACAGUCCCCUCCUGGUACCCCUGUGUCGAGUUGCCAGAUGCGAUUCGAUGGUUCACUGCACGUCUCCAUGAACCACGACAACCCAGGGGCACACCGAGGCUUAGACAGCCAGAGCUUCGCGGUACCCAGUGCUCUAAGGAAACAGGCUGGCUUAGCCUUCCCUCACUCCCUUCAGCUCGGCCAUGGACACCAGUUGAUGGACAGCCAAGUUCAUUCGCCCCCGUCCCGAGGAUCACCGUCAAACGAGGGUCUGUGCGCAGUGUGUGGGGACAACGCUGCUUGCCAGCAUUAUGGAGUGAGAACCUGCGAGGGUUGCAAAGGAUUUUUUAAGGUAUGCUUUUGUUGAUUGUGAAUUAUGCAAUUCAAUUAUUACAAAUAUUAAUUGUAUUAUUGUUAGGCCUGUUGUUUUUUGUCAGACAAUUGUCAUAUUGUUAUUUUAAUAUUCCCCUUAUAAUUGGUGGUGGGACUAGGCCUAGUAAACAAUUAUGCUUAGUAAACAAUUAUGACAAUUGUUAUAACAUUUGGAUAUAAUUUUCAUAAAGUCAUUAAAAACUCUCAGUGUUGUGAGCUCUUUUUGUGAUAUGACAGUCUUGUCUGGAGUAGGAAGUGUCACAAUAUUCCAGAUGGUAAAAUUGAAUGGUCACUUUAUUUCGAACCCCGGUUCAAUAGCCUCAUCUUACCUCUAUAAAUAGAGGUGGUCUCAGAGGGCCGUAAAAAUAUGAAUGCCCACGGAUUUGUAUUUACUGAAUGUCUACCUCUUCGGUUCCUCGCAUAUAUAACAGCCCAAAACUGGAAGGAUGAAUGUGCUGUUACAAUAUCAAUCAUCCUAUAUAGCGCAGCUCAAUGAGUGCCAUCUUUGUAUUCAUUGUACAGGCGCUGAUGUCCAUGCUAAAAGCCUGUUGUCUUCACCUUUGCAGCGCACUGUUCAGAAAAAUGCCAAAUACGUGUGUUUAGCGAACAAAAACUGUCCGGUCGAUAAACGCCGAAGAAACCGUUGCCAAUACUGCCGUUUCCAGAAGUGCAUGGUUGUCGGAAUGGUGAAAGAGGGUAAGGACAUAUUGUGGUCACUUUGAUUGUUCGUGUCCGUGCAUGGCCAUAAAACACCUGCGGUCCUGCGCAUAAAGUUUGCGUGUAAAGCAAGUUGAACCUUUACGCACAACAAUCAAAGUUAAAUACAAGUCUAUAUUUUCUCUUGUCUUCCUUUCAACACAGUUGUCCGGACUGCUAAUCUAAAGGGUCGAAGGGGCCGUCUUCCCUCCAAACCUAAAAGUCCCCAAGACCCCUCACCACCCUCGCCGCCUGUCAGUCUCAUAAGUGCCCUUGUUCGGUCCCAUGUCGAUUCCAACCCGUCCAUGUCUGGCUUGGACUAUUCAAGGGUGAGUUUACCAUUUAAUUCCCUUUAAGAAAUUGUGUAUGAACAUAAACACUGUGUUGCUGAUUUAUAGUGUAAUUAGAGUGAAAAUACAACGUUUGUACAAACCAUGUCUGAAUGUAUUUGAUCAUGUUUGGAUGUGCAUUUGUCACACAAUUUAUGGACUUCAAAAGUUUUGUGCAAGACAGGUCUGGAUUCUAAACUUUGUCAGUCUUUUAAGGUGGCAUAUUUUACCUAAGUAAAUCGCUUUGAAACGGAGAACUCAAUAAAAAGAAGACAUUAAUUUAAUAGUAAGAAAGCACUCCCCUCCUAGAAAUAGGCUUUGCAAUUUCACGGGUUAUAUAUUUUAAAGGACCUCAUUAAGCCCUGUUGAAAUUAAAUUCCAGUUUCAGUCUAACCCUGACUACCAAAUGACUGGAGACGACACCCAGCACAUCCAGCAGUUCUAUGAUCUCCUGACGGGUUCCAUGGAGAUUAUCCGAGGUUGGGCUGAGAAGAUCCCUGGGUUUUCUGAUCUUCUGAAGCAGGAUCAAGAUCUCCUCUUCGAAUCAGCCUUCCUGGAACUUUUUGUUCUGCGGCUGGCAUACAGGUAAGCCUCUUCCUCUUCGUAAUUAUGAAAUAACCUCGACUAUAAUUAAGAUCAGCCCCCUUCAAGCUCCGUUGCUUUGGCUUUUAUUAGCUCCCCAAUAAUUAGGAGCCUCUUAAAUCCCCAUUUAUUGCGCAAAGUAAUUAAUGACACUUUGUUAUUAAUUGCAGGUCCAACCCAGUGGAAGGCAAACUCAUUUUUUGCAACGGGGUGGUCUUGCACAGGCUGCAGUGCGUCCGAGGAUUUGGGGAAUGGAUAGACUCGAUUGUGGAGUUCUCCUCUAACCUGCAAAGCAUGAACAUCGACAUAUCAGCAUUCUCCUGCAUCGCCGCUCUUGCCAUGGUAACAGGUGCGCAGAUAUAUGAUAUACUUCAAUUUAAUAAUUCUCCCAAAUGUUAGACUGUUUAAAUGCAUUUCUUAUAUUCACAUUUAGGUAAUUAUGUUGUAUUAUUUUCAUAUUACAGAGAGGCAUGGGCUUAAGGAACCCAAGAGGGUUGAAGAACUUCAAAACAAGAUAGUGAACUGCCUCAAAGACCAAGUGACAUUCAAUGGCGGAGGCUUGAAUCGUCCGAACUACUUGUCAAAACUUUUGGGAAAGCUCCCUGAACUUCGCACGCUAUGUACACAAGGUCUGCAGCGUAUCUUCUACUUAAAACUCGAAGACUUGGUUCCUCCGCCAGCAAUAAUUGACAAACUUUUCCUCGACACUCUACCUUUUUAA